AGCGACAGUAGGGCGUAACCUGUUAAGACCAACGGAACUGACGAAGGAAACAUACUCGUUUGCGUUUUAGCAUGACUACACAACAUGUAAAUAACUACGCGAACUUCAGCUAUUCUCUUCUUUCGUAACGUCGUAGCGCUGAAUUAUUUCCACAAUCAACACUCACUGCAGAUGAUUUCGUAUUAGGAAGUCAAGGUUUGAUUCAACUGUUGAACGUGCCAAGCUGCAGAGUACAUGCUCUGUAAUAUUUCUCUACUAAUUAAAUUCUUAAUGACUCAACUGAUAGGGCGAUUACAAACAGUGACGUGAUAUUUAUUUAUCCUCUCAUCAUUCGCCCUAACAAGAAAUGUCGAUCACGUUCUCAGUUGGUGACAGUGUUACAUUUGUGAAUAACGAGUAGUUGGCAGCCGUGCAGUGCCGAAGUUCGUAAAAUAGAACUGCGUAAAAUCAGAUAGCGGUAUAUAAACUUCAGUGACAACUGAUAGUGUGUGUUUGUUAGUUGUAUUUGCGGACAGUAAAUGUGACAGCUGACGCUGCGCCAAUAAACAACGACGGUGCCCUCAGAAAUUUCGAGACAGUCGCACGAGUGAGACCAGAAGAUCUGCUGAAAAUGACGCCUGUGAAGACGAAAUACACGAAGGAAGAAAUCAGUAUGUGGACGCCUCUACAGUUUGCGGAGGUGACAGGUGCCUGGGAUUUCGUCGAGAAGAUGCUGCGAGCCGGCAAAUCGUUGCGGGAGCUGAAGGUGCUGCCGGAAGCGCUGAAGAGCACGAGCGAGGCCGUGAAGCUGGUGAACGUCUUCUGCGAAAACGAGCACUUGUCGCUGCUGAGGUACGCGCUGUCGGAGCAGCCGGAGGUGGCCGGGGCGCGGGCCGAGUCGGGGCUGACGCCGCUGCACGUGGCGGCGGGCCGCGGGCGGAUGGCGGCGCUGCGGCUGCUGCUGCGGAGCGGCGCUGUCCGCGUGGAGGCGGGGGACCGCUGGGGCCGCACGGCGCUGCUGCACGCCGCGGCCGGCGGCCGCACGGACGCGCUGCGCCUGCUGCUGGAGGCCGGGGCGCGCCACGACGCGCGGGACUACACGGGCCACACGGCGCUGCUGUACGCGGCGCGCGCCGGCCACGGGCCCGCCGUCCGGCUGCUCUGCGAGGCGGGCGCCGCCCAGGACGCCGGCAGGCACGCGGGUGCCGGGGCGCUGUGCCUGGCAGCCGAGGCCGGCUGCCGCGAGGCGGUGCGCGCGCUCUCUGCGCCCGCGGCCGCCGGGCCCGACGCGUGGGGCAGCACGGCGCUGCAGUGGGCGGCGGCGCGCGGCCAGGACGCGGCGGUGGCGCUGUUGCUGGAGGAGGGCCGCGCAGACGUGCGCGCCGCGGACCGGGACGGCGUGACGGCGCUGCACGCGGCCGCCGCCCGCUGCGGCGCGCCCACCGUGGAGGCGCUGCUGCGCGCCGGCGCGGACCCGGCCGCCGCGGACGGCGAGCUGGCGCUGCCGCUGCACUGGGCGGCCGCCGCGGGCAACACGGCCGCGCUCGCCGCGCUGCUGGAGGCGUGCCGCGGCCGCACGUGCGACCCGCCCGACGCCACCGGCCAGACGCCGCUGCACUACGCGGCGCGCGCCGGCUGCGUGGUCGCGGUGCGCGCGCUGCUGGCCGCGGGCGCCUACCGGCGCGCCCUGUGUGCCGGCGGCAGGACGCCGCUGCACGUCGCGGCCUUCCACGCGCGACCCGCCACCGUGCGCCUGCUGCUGGCCGACGGCGCGCAGGACGUCAACAGGCCCGACGACCACGGGCAGACGCCGCUCUACUGCGCAGCCGUGGGCGGCAGCAUCGCGGCGGCCGCCCUCCUGCUCGCGGCCGGCGCCGACAAGGCGGUCUGCAAUAAGGCCGGCUUCUCCCCGCAACGGGUGGCGCUCGACCAGGGCCGCCACGACCUGGCCGCGCUUCUGGACGAGAACGACGACAGCCCGGUCGUCGACGAACGCACGGCACUUCAUUGGGCAGCAGAGGAAGGCAACGACGACGAGGUGGUGCGCCUUCUGCAGGCCGGGGUGGCGCCGGUGGACGCUGCCGACGCGGACGGCCUGACAGCUCUGCACCUGGCGGCAGCGCACUGCGGCGAGCGCGCCAUGAGGGCGCUGCUGGAGGCGCGAGCAGACCCGCACGCCAGGGCGGGCGACGGCCGCUCGCCGCUGCACUGUGCAGCCGCCGCGGGCCGCACCGCCAACGUGCGCGCCCUGCUAGAGGCAGGCGCCGGGCCCAACGUGCCCGACGCCAAGGAGGAGCGGCCGCUGCACCUGGCGGCGGCCGCGGGAGCCGUGGCGGCGCUGCACGCGCUGCUCGACGGCGGUGCCACUGGCGACGCGCGCAGCGCAGACGGCCGCUCGCCGCUGCUGUUCGCCGCCUGGUACGGACACGCAGCCGCUGUCGACGCGCUGCUGACGGCAGGCGGUGCAGACGUGACCGUGACCAACCGGAAAGGCAGGUCGGCGCUGCAGUGCGCCGCGCGCAGUGGCUCCGUGCUGACGGCGCGCUUGCUACUGGCCGCCGGGGCAGAUGUCAACGUCAGAGACCGCAACGGGAAGACCGCCGUGGAUGUCGCCAAGAAGCGCGACCACAAGGUUCUCCUAAAAGUUUUGCGCGAAUCUUAAACACUCUGGUAGCUGACAGCCAGUGACUUCCGUAUCUCAUAUGCCUUCGUACAAUUAUAACGAAAAGUACGUCCCAGAAUGAAGUGUAAGUCACACGCACUUUCUCCCUAAUUUUCACGUCCGGUUGAGCCGAAAAGGUGAGCCCCUUCCAGCAUCAGACUAACAUGCUGGCAGGAUUGGCACCGAGAUAGCGAGCCAUGUCUCCUCCAACUAGUAAUUAACUAUUGUUGCGAUCCUCUACUCUCUACAUUAUCUAUCUUGUGCAAACCUGUUCACUGCCACAUAACUGCAACAAUCUACACCCACCUGAGCCUGCUUAAUAUAGUCAAGCCUUGGCCUCCCUCUUCAGUUUUUACUCCAUCACCCAACCACCACCACCACCACCACCACCACCACCACCACUGUUAUCAAAUUGACCAUUCCUUGAUGCCUGAUAACCUCGACUGAUCCCUUAUUUUAGUUUUAUUUUCUCCCAGUUAAAUGAGUACUUCCUCAAAAGUUGUCCAAUCUACCUGCCUAAUCUUUGACAUUCUUCUGCAGCACCAUAUUACAUAAGCAUAUAGUCUCUUACUGUCUCAUUUGUUUAUCACCUCAUUUCACUUCUGUACUAGGCUACACUCCAGACAAAGGCACCCAUACCCGAGGGGGAUCCCGACCCUCCACCCCUCGCUCUCAGGGAAAGGAAAAAAUGUAGCGUAGUCAGGUGUCCUUUCAAGAAAACGAUUUAAAAAUAAGUAUUAUGCGGUUUUUUAACAGGGUCAGAACUGGAACCCCCCCCCCCCCCCCCCCCCCACCCUCCCAAAUUACUUUAUGGGUACCGUUGACUCCAGGCAAAUACUUGUGGAAAAGACAUCCUAACUUUUAAGUAUGUAAUCCACGUUAACAAAUUUAUCUUUUUCAGAACUCUUUUUCUUGCCUUGCCAGUCUGCAUUUUUAUGUCGUCUCUACUUCAACUACUGUCAGUUACCCAAAUAACAAAACUUGUCUACUACUUUUCAUGUUUUAUUUACAAUUCUCAUGCCUGAUUCAAUCAACUAUGUUUCAUUACCCUUGUUUUACUUCUCUUUAUAUUCAACUUGCAACACAUUUUCAGCACAUCACCCAUUUGGUUCAACUGCUCUUCCAAGUCUUUUGCUGCCUCUGAUACAGUUAUGAUAUCAUCAAGAAACCUGAAAGUUAUGAUUGCCUCUUUCUGAACUUUUAGCUCAAUUUCCCAAUUUCUCCUUCAUUUCCUUUAGAGCUCACCCACUGUACAGAUUGAACAGUAUCAGGGAUGGCCUACAAUCCUGCCUCACUCUCUUCUUAACUAUUGCUUCCCUUGCACAUACCUCACUUCUUAUAACAGCAGUUUGGUUUCUGUACAAGUUGUAGAUAACACUUAGCUCCCUGUAUUUUAUCCUUCCUACCUCCAGAGUUCCAAAGAAUGUAUUUCAAUCAUUGUUGUCAAAAGCUGCCUCUAAAUCUAGAAAUGCUAUAAAACUACAUUUCUUUUCCUCAGCCUGUCUUCUAAGAUAAGUCAUAAGGUCAGUAUUGUGUCACAUAUUCCUACAUUUCUGCAAAACCUCAACUAAUCUUCCCCAAGGUUUCCAAUUCUUUUUAUUUUUGAGGAACCAUGCGUAUCACUUGCACUAAGUUGGCACUGCUUCAUAACUUGUUUUCCACAGAAAAAAAACAGACUUGACAAUGUGGCAUUCAGCAAUGGCUACUAUAGUGUGUUAUGUAGACAGUAUUUCUUGAUUACUGAACUGGCGUUGACCAGAGAGCAAAUUCCAAGAAAAAUGUGUAUGGUCAUUGCAAAUGGUGGGAUAGACCAUUAUUACCUUCUGUAAGAGACAUAAGCCACAGAAAACUUCUGCCAAAAUAUGUUGCACUGGUAGGCAAGUUUCUGGGGAUGUUAAUUUUUCAACACAAAAAUUAAAACAUAACAAUUAUUCUAUGCAUCAGAUUUCAAAUUCACAAAUAACAUGAAAGGAGCACCGACAAUAACACAUUUAUUAUGCUGCCUGAGGCUUGGGGCAGACGGGAGGAAGUACGUGAUGCGAAACGGUGCGGCACCAGACUAUCAAGCGCAUCGGACUGUCAAACGCCAGAUUAUUAUGAGUCUACUGUACUGUUGUUCAUGAGUCAAGCUGUUAAUCUUGAAAAUAUGUAACUCAUACUGAAGUUACACUGUGACAUUCAGAUGCAAAAUUAUUAUUUACACUAUUAAAAUGUAUAAUCAGCAUGCCAUGCAGGUUUGCUGCAUUAUAAUUUCCAUGGAUGAUCAUUUGUCUGUAUUUUAUACAACAUGUCAGUUGUUCAAUUGAAUUAAUUUAAUAUGUUUAAAAAUUUACAGAAAAGAAAAGAAAAUUAAGAGUAAGAAGAAAUAUACCUUUUAGGAUUUGGAACUGGUUAUUCUUCUGCAACAUAAUAUAGCCUAUUAAUGGUUUAACUUGACUGUUCUAUCAGAAAAUGUGAUUCUUUUUGUAUUUUUGUAUUAGCUGUAACAUGGAUAAUAUCAAUAAAUUGUAAAAUUUUUAAAAAA